AUGUUUUCAUUAUUAACUAAAUUUCCUUCUUUUGUUUUCAAUCGUUUUGGUUAUCAAUUUGCAUCUUCUUCUUCUUCAACAUUUUCACAUAUUACAUCUGAUGGAAAUAUUACUAUGGUUGAUAUAGGUGAAAAAAAGAGUACUCAACGACAAGCGAUUGUUGAGGCUACUGUUAAAUUUCCGGAUUCUCAUACCUUUCAAUCCUAUUUUAAUAUAACAACAAAAAAAGGUGAUGCAAGAUUAUGUUCAAAAUUAGCUGGUAUACUUGCCGCUAAACGUACGUCAGAUUUAAUUCCACUUUGUCAUCAACUUCCACUUUCGCAUAUUGAUAUUGAAUAUGAACAUAAACAUGAAGAGAAUGAAGUUCUUGUUCGAUGUAUUUGUUCGACAAAUUAUCAAACAGGUGUUGAAAUGGAAGCUAUGGUUGGUGCAACUAUUGCUGCGGUUACUAUUUAUGAUAUGUGUAAAGCAUUGAGUAAAUCGAUUGAAAUUCGCAAUAUCCGUCUUGUUGAAAAAACCGGCGGAAAAUCAUCUAUUCAUUCUAAAUAA